UCGAUAGGCACACUGACCUCAGUACAUGCACACUAGCCUAUUUAUUGUCUGUACACGCCGGUGGUAAUUCAUAGCCGUGAAUUUAGCCACCUUUCGUUUCCAUCCUAGCUGGAAGUAAGUUUGUGCUUUUAGGAUCAACUGUCGGUACAACUGCUUGCUAAGUUAUACUGAGGAAAGAUGGCCACGAAAUCGGUGCUUAUUCUGCUGUUGGUUGCCGCAGCAACGACUUUUGCUCAGAAACAAUGCUGCUAUCCCAGCCAAUUUGAGGCCAGUAGGGGCAGCAUUGUCGCUCAGGUGCAAGGGGGCCAAGCUAUGACCCAGAAAACCGGUUACCAGUUCGCUUAUGACUACACUAAUCGUCGUCUAGGUGCGAUAACCUACAAAGAAGACCUGGGAGUGAUGACCAAAUUCCAGGACAUCUUUGAGUACAGCCAGGGAGUUGAAUACGAAAUUCAAGUCAAGCCUCAGGUUUCAUCUUGCCUUAAACGCACUCUAAACGCAACCCUUCCUCACUGUAUCCCCGCUAGCGCCACCUAUCUUGGUUCAUCCUACCUCGGCGACCACAAAUUAAACGUAGACUACUUCCAGUACUUCGAAUCGAAGAGCUCAACCGACUACGCUAACAUUACCAUAACUGUAUCGCAGGGAGACUGUGUUCCAUUUUCUGAUGUCUACGAGGGAAUGAAAGACGGUGUUCCGACGCUUGAAGUUCGUGGCUACGUAAACUACACCAGCGGCAUCAGUGAUCCGUCCAAGUACUUCACCGUGCCCAGCUUUUGCCAAUCGGCAAAGCACGAGACACCAAAGACGCAGAAAUCUCCCUUCGACAAGAUACUGCCGUAGACACCGAAGUUACAACUAGAGACAUAUCGGAAAGCAUCUCUUCAAGCUAGCUGUUUUUUCCUGAGUAUGUUAACAUGGGUUAAAGAGGAUUUUGCUCGAUGAUUUUGCUCAUUUAUUCUUAAGAACCGAAUCAAAUCAACAUGUCAGACGUUAAUUUACAGCAUAAAAUUUUGUUUGAGUUUUCAAUUUUAAUGAAGAAGUUCGAACGGCUUCGUCAGAAACUACAAGCAGAACUUGUUGGCAAUGAAGGGAAUCGAACUUUUCCAGAGGUAUAACACAUUAUUAUCGCUUUAUAAUACAGUAAUAUCGCUUCACAAUACAGUAAUGUUUAUUAUUGAAAUUAAUUAAUUGACGGAAGGACUUAAUCAUGUAUAAUAAAGAUAAAUUUUGUGCCUAAUUAAUUGCUGAUAUAUGCUUUUCAUUAAUAUCGUUGAAUAAUCCUAGCAAAAAUCAACUAAAAAGGGCUGACAUUUAAAUGAUGCUGAAUUGAAACGGGCAUUUACUGUAUUCAUUUUGUUGUUGAUAAGCAAAUGAAUGAUUAGAUUCCAUUAUGGCCAUCGUAGUUAAAUCCUACGGGCAGACGAUAUUGGUAUUUGAAUAGAAUGUUUUCUCGAACAAAAUGAAAAUCACAUGUUGUUUAUAAUUCGCUUUAUAUGUAAUUAAUAGUAAGACAAUCAACAAAUAAAUAAUGAAAUAAAU